AUGAUUAACAAGCAUUUCUUUGAAAUUGUGUUGGUGCUCUUGGCCUCUUCUACUCUCUUCUCCCUUGAACUGAAACUGGCUCUCUUCCAACAAAGAGUAAACAGAGGUUUAAAACUGUUGAAUAAAUUCCCCAAAUCAUCAGUUCAGCCGUGUCUGCCACACAGGACAAACUUCCUCCUUUCCCAGCAGUCUGUGAAUCGUCGCCGGUCCCAGAGUGGACAGGCCCUGGCCAUUCUGCAUGAGAUGCUUCUGCAGACCUUCAGCCUCUUCAGGGCAGAUGUGGACCUCAGCCAUGGCGUUUCUUGUCAACUGCCAGCUGACCUGCCCCCGACACCGGACAUACGUGUUUCCAUGUCUGCCAGUGACCUGCUGAGGGGCCCGCAGAUUUUCUGUGAGCACUUCCUGUGUGCUUCUACCUCUCUGCUCAGGCAGCAGGUACUCAGCUCUGAGGAGAGAUGAAAAGAGUCACACCAACCAGCUCACAAGAGAUUGGUGACCAGGACUCAGCUGAUCACCCUCUCUGGAAGGAGACAGGAUCCUCGCCCUGCCUGAGAGCUCUACCUACCUGUUAAGUCUCAGACCUGGAAAAGGUUGCCUGAGAAAUCCAAUAUGAAGAUGAGGGGAACUGAAAGAUCCUACAUGAUUCUGCUCUGUACCUGGAUUAGAAUAAUGAUGAGGAUCUUUCAAAUGACAUCACUAAAGCUAACUGCAGUCUAACCCUUCUGAGAUCCUUGAAACCAUUACCUCUGUCUUCUCAUUAACCCCAUUUAAAUCCCGCUUAUUUCUGCAGCUAUUUGGAGAGAAAAAGAAACCUGGAUUUAGAAUGUUUCAGAUCAAACCAAUAUCCAAGGUGGAACACAAAGGAGUUGUGAGAUAAUGGCUGGUCUGGAAGCAGCUGUUAAAACAUGUGAGGAAUAGAAAUGGACAGAGGACUCAAGAACCAGGAGAGUCCAUGGCAGGAAGUCAGUCAGGUGGAGAGGGUGAGGGAUCAAGGACUCUAGAUUGCACUGAAGAUGCCAAAGGCUUGUUGACUGUGGUUGUGUGUGGCAACAGGGGGUGUGGGAGGAUGCAGGACUGACUUGAAGUUCCUAAGACAAGUUGUCAGUAUCCCUUUUAAACAUUCAUGAUAGUGGGGGGGAGUCAAGAUGGCAGAGAAGUAACAGGCUGGGAUGACAUCAGGUAGCAGGAGAUCAGGUAGAUAGUUUAUCCAACCAUUCCAAACAGCUACACUCUAACAGAAGAUCGAAGAAUAACAGCAAUUCUAGAAACAGAAAAUCAACCACUUUCUGAAAGGUGGGACCUGUGGAGAAGUGAAUUUAAAGUGAUGGAAAAAUAGAUCGCAGGGGGAUGAUCUGGCUCCCUGCAAGCAUGGAUCAAUGGAGCACAAAAUCAGAACUUUUAAAAUCUGUUCCACUGAGGGACAUCACUCCAGAUCGUAAGCUGGGGUGAAGCCCAGUUGGGGAUAACAUGGUCUCAAAACCUGUGGGGUUCAAGAAGGGUCGGGGUUGUUUGAGCGUCACAGAGCUCCCAGGUAUUAGAGCCAGGAAACCGGUUACAGAGACUGAGCUGAGAAAUGAGCUCUGAACUCGGAGUUACCUUCAGCUGUGAUCUGCGGCAUAGGCAGACCCCUUCUCUGUGAGCACGGACCCCACAAGAUCCUGGGAGAUCCCCGGAAGAGUGCAGGGAUCUCCUGGGUUUGGAGACUUCAGGCGGGGCUGUGUGCCAGAGUGGCUUGGUCACAGGCUAGGGGAGCUCAAAGCGGGGCUAUAGGCCAGGGAGAUGCAAAUGAUUGAGCACUUUUCUCCAAGGGUGCACUGAGGAGUAAUGCUCCAAACUCUCAGCUCCUCUGGGCCAGAGAUUUGGAGGCCACCAUUUUCAUGCCAUCCUCCAGAACUCUAUGGAAAGUGUUCAGGGAACAAAAGCUCCAAAGGGGAACGCCAGCGGAUUACUUAGCCCGGCCCCUGGUAAGGGCAGUGCAAUUCCACCUUGGGCAAAGACACUUGAGAAUCACUACAACAGGCCCCUCCCCCAGAAGAUCAACAAGAAAUUCAGCCAAGACUGAGUUCACUACCAAGAAGAACAGCGGAAUUCCAGAGGAGGAGCAAGCAAAGCAUGGAAUUCAUGGCUUUCUCCCCAUGAUUCUUAGUCUUGUAAAAUUAAUUAAUUCUUUUGAAUU